AUGGACCGCGAACACGCCGAGCCCGAGUUUCAGACCGACCUGGAAGCAAGUCAGGAUUUGCAGGAGGUCGCGCAAUGCGAACCUCUCCCAUUGCAAAGGUAUUUCACGGAUGGGGCGCUUGUGCUCGCAAUGGCCGGAGGGCUGGAGCUGUUUUGCCGCAUCUACGGCCCAUAUGAGCGAGGGUUUUUCUGCGAUGACGAGAGUAUUCGAUACGCGUAUAAGGAGAAUACUAUCAGCUGGUUCACAUUGGCAAUCUUUGUAACACUACCGAAUAUUUUGCUGGUGAGUUUUGAGGGAUUCUGGGAUUAUUUGGGGAUCCCAAUUUGAUUCCACGUUUUUUAAAAUAAAAAAAAACUGUCUUUUAAACAAUUUUUAGAAAAAGUAAAGUGCUCCAUGUGCGAAAAACGACAAUUUCCAAUAUUUGUUUUCAGAUUUGUGCCGUUGAAAGCUUCAGAAUGCACCGAAGUGGCACUGUCCACGAAUUCUAUUCUACGUACGAGAAUGGCAGGUCCCAUUCAGCGAGAUUGUUGAUUCGACUAGCCAUUUUUCAUGGUAAGUUCAAAAACAUCUAAGUUUAUGUGUGCAAAUAUUACAAUUUUAAAUAUAAAAAAAAUUUGCAAACACAGUGGAAAACCAGUUCAAUGCCUCUCACAUAGCGAGAAAAUCAAAAAAAAAUCUCGUUUCCAUUUCCCCUUACGUCGUCUCGCUAAAAUCUCUCUCGUUUUGAAGCGCUUUCGAAACGCGGCUCAGUGGUCUAGUGGUAUGAUUCUCGCUUUGGGUGCGAGAGGCCCCGGUUUCGAUCACCGGCUGAGCCCAAACUUUUUUUUUGAUUUUUACAUUGGACAUGUUGAAAAAUACAUUGUUUACGGUGACAAGAUAGCAUUUAGGACCUUCUCACAAGGGAUCGGCAAAUAGUUGCACCCUGCUUUCUUAACGAAACAUAUACCGUUUGAAAGAGCAUUAAAAAUAGUGUACAACACAAGAAAAAUUAGCUGCCCAAUUUAUGUUUGGGCAACGUUAUGGCCGUUUUAUGAUAGGGGUUAUAUGCGGCCAAAACGCCGGUUUCUCAUAUUAGAGUAAUCCUGACGGAUUGCAAUUGUCUCCAUUGUCUUACUAGUAUCCCGAAACGUCUAUCACGGUCGUUUCAUGGCUUUAUCAAUCGUUGGCUAUGAGUUAUUAGACAUUAUAAUGUCGCAUUACUGCCAUUUACAAAAAAUUGUAAAUAAAACUAGGUUAAUGGGAAAACUGGAGCAAAAAACUUUGGAAAUACAUUUGUAUGAUCGUCGUGGCCAUUUACAAACAAAAAUCUCAAAAUCAAAAAUUUCUUAUGUCCUAGCCUUACCGACGGUUAGGCCACUGUGUCAGCAAUAGUGUUUUAGCCGCUUUUGUAAUUUUCUCUUCGUAUUUUUUUGGAAAAAAUUAUAUUUAUAGGCCCUUGUAAAUUGAAUUAUCGUCCAGUAAUCAUAAUCAAUCAGGCUAAAAGCAUGACACCCUUGUAAUUAUACGAUAGGCAUCCCCACUCUCAUCACCAUCAAAUUUGUGGUGAUUGCAAAAAAAACCGAAAACUCGAAAAAAUCCAGUAAAAAUGUAUUUUGACUGCGAAGGAACAAAAAUUAUUUAAAAAUAUCAACAUACCAUGGUUUUGUGGCAUAUAAGAGACGAAAUGCAAAAGACAUUGCAGAGCCCGGAUUCGAAACCAGGACCUGUUUCGCCGGAAGUGGGGUCACUACCACUCGGCCAACUAGACACAGCUCUGUCGUCGUUCCAAGAGCUUAUAAAUUGCCGCGGAAAUUAGGCUAAAAUACGUAUUUUAGCCAUAACUUUGCCCAAACAUAUAUUGGGCAGCUAAUUUUUUUUGCGCUGUGCACUAUUUUUAAUGCUCUUUUAAAUGAUAUAGGUUUCGUUAAGAAAGCAGGGUGCAACUAUUUGCCGAUCCCUUGUCAGUCAUUUUUUUGGGCCUGAACUCAGGAAAAAUGGGUGGAUUUGUUCAUUUUUUAAAGUUUUUUGCCCUUUUCCCCCUUUUUUCCUCUAAAAAAACUAAAAACCAUAUUUUAUCCUUGUUUCAGGCUACUACAUCUGUUGUAUCGCAGUGAUUUUCACUCUCACUUCCGCCACAAAAUAUCCAGUUGGCCGGCUACGUCCGCAUUUUAUGGACAUUUGCCGGCCAAACGUUGGUUAUGACACCUGCAAUACGACUUCUGAAAUUAUUGACUAUUAUUGCACAACUGGAUGGAAUGCCGCCAUUCUGGAGGCCCGUCUCUCUUUCUUCAGUGGGCAUACCAGUUUGUCCAUUGGGAGUGCAACUUUUGCUGUGGUACGUUAUAAAAUAUUAGUUGUUUUGCGGGAAAGUGAAGUGCUCCAAGUGCGACGCUUAGAGCUUAAUGAAAUACGGCAAAAAAUACAUUAUUUCAGAUCUACCUCCAAGACAGACUGUACGGUCUACUCCAUAGUCGAGUAUUCGUCCCGAUCUGUCAAACUCUCUACUUUUCCUUGGCCCUUUAUAUAAGUUAUACUCGGAUAUUCGACCAUUUCCAUCAUUGGUCCGACGUUCUUGUGGGAUGUGUUGUUGGAAUCGUUGUAAUGGCGGUCUUGGUGAGUUUAUUUUUUUAGCAUGCUUAUCAGUCUUUCUGAAAAAUAAUGAGCACUCUGUAGCAUCGAAAAUCGCAUCGCCGCUGAGAAAAAUGAGCUCGUUGUAGAGAGGUUUUUCUACUAGUCGCGACAUAAAGUCCUGACACAUUUUCACAGUGCAUUUUGUUUUUCUUUCGGACCCGUCGCGGCAAUUCCUCGUUUUUGCACUAGCGACAUGCACUUUCGCGCGAACUUGCCACUUUUCUCGCGCGACACCCGCGACAAAAUGUGUCAGGACUUUAUGUCGCGACUAGUAUAACGAUUUAUGAUUUCUUUAUUCUAAAAUUUUGAAUUUUUUUUGUAAAAAAUCAAAAAAAUUGUCGCGCAAGAUUUUACGAGCGACUGAAAUCAACCCCGCAGGGCUUCAGAAUCUCGGGUUUUCUCAUGCCUUUCAAUUUUGCAUUUAUGUACAGCCGAAUGGAAGUAUUCCGCACGAGGGCGCGGACUUCUCCGGUGUAAGGAAAUGCGUGCGGCGCCGAACUCGGGUCCGUUCGAGUAAAAAGCGCGCUCUUUAGCCACUCCACUAUUUCGACACGCGGAGCGGAGUGGGCAGGAAAGGAUGGGAAUUGAAAGGGGAAUGGGGUUGGAGGACAUGGUUAAUAUGUGCAGUACUGCAAUUGCGACACUGAAACGUGACAAAAAUUUUGAAUAAUUUUUUUCUAACAUAUUUCCGGGAGUCCCAGCUCGCAAUUUACGCAAACGACCAAGAUUUUUUGGGCGAAUGUCUGAAAAAAUGAGAUACUUUUUUGGCGAACUUCGGUACGAAAAGUUUUAUACGUAUUUCCACCGCAGAGAGUAACAUUUCCACAAAAAAUCAAUUUUUUCCGCACAAAAAUAGGAAAGAUACGGCCAAAAAAUCCUCUCCUCUCUGACCAGUCCGCUUUUGCGCACUCUCUCCGCCGUAAAGACCGUUGAAUAUCUCAGCUUGUCCUGAAAAGCUCGAGCUACUAAUAAUUUUAACUUUAGGGCAAAAAGCUUGAUGUUACAUACAGCAUCAUGAUAAUAAUAAUCCAUUUUUUCCAGUGCCAUUACUUUGUCGGUUUGAAGCCUCAAUUCAAGCCCAAUCCGCAUGAAAAAAUCUACCUGCUCAGCCACCACGGAACUGCCAACGACAUUUCCACGUUGACCAUUACCGCUAGUGACCUUCGACCGAAUUAUGGGUCUGCCACUGUAAAUACUGUGUAA